AUUCUCCUUAGAGAAGGUCUCCCUCCACUGCUGAAGAUGAAUUUGAAGGUGGUGGUUGUGCUCCUCGGGGUGAUAGCCCUCGUCGCUGCUGCUCCAAGACGAGGAGGUGGAGGCUUUGGAGGAGGAAGUGGAUUUGGAGGUGGAGGUGGACACAGCGGCGGUGGAGGAGGAGGAGGAUUCGGAGGAGGAGGUGGUGGUGGACUCGGUGGAGGUGGAUUCGGAGGUGGAGGAGGUUUUGGAGGAGGUGGCAGCCACGGUGGAGGAUUUGGAGGAGGUGGUGGCUUCGGAGGAGGUGGAGGAUUUGGACGCUAG